AAAUUAGGUACCUAUGUAUAUUUUUUGAAACAUUAAAUAAAACAGAAUUAUAAAUAAUAUAUCUUAAAAUUUUACUAGCCUUUAAAUUACGGAUUUGUUAUUUCCUUGCAAUUGCCUUUCUUCUAUUUGUAGUUUCUAAGAAAUAACCAUUCUCACUUUUGUCGCAAGUCACAGCUGGGCCGGCAACUUUUAGGUUAUGAAUUAGUGAAGUGAAAUGAAAAGUAAGGUUUUGUUUUUAUUAUGUGAAAACUUUAUUUUAUCUUCUCCAUUCCUUCAUAGAAGAUAGAUUUGAGAAUCUACAAUGACACUCACAGAAUAUAUUUCCACAUUAUCCGACAAUCCUUACUUUGGUGCUGGAUUUGGAUUAUUUGGUGUAGGAGCUGGAGCUGCCUUGCUACGAAAAGGAUUCCAAGCCUCUCUUAUAUUUUUUAGAAGGCACUACAUGAUUACUUUAGAAGUCCCAUGUCGAGACAAAUCUUACCAAUGGUUGCUACAUUGGAUGACUACUAAAGGUGCUCGUCAAACACAGCAUCUUAGUGUUGAAACUAGUUUCGAACAAAAAGAUAGCGGACACAUAAAAACUAAAUAUGAUUUUAUACCAAGUAUAGGGACUCAUUUUUUUAGAUAUGGAAGUACGUGGAUACGUGUAGAACGAACUAGAGAACAGCAUACGUUAGAUUUACAUAUGGGAACUCCCUGGGAAACUGUGCAACUGACAGCUUUUGGACGAAACAAAAGUCUUUACUUCAGAAUACUUGAAGAAGCUAGACAGAUGGCUUUAACUCAACACGAAGGUAAAACAAUAAUGUACGCUGCAUUGGGCAGUGACUGGAGACCUUUCGGACAUCCAAGACGGAAGAGACCUAUUUCUUCAGUAAUAUUGGACGAUGGGAUCAGUGAUAGAAUUUUAAAAGACUGCCAAGAAUUUAUUUCGAAUCCAUUCUGGUAUAUAGAAAGAGGAAUUCCAUAUAGAAGAGGUUAUCUUUUAUACGGACCUCCCGGUUGCGGAAAAUCCUCGUACAUCACAGCUUUAGCAGGAGAACUAGGCUUUUCAAUAUGUGUACUCAAUCUAUCAGAAAGAGGUCUAUCUGAUGACCGGCUAAACCAUCUGCUCAGUGUCGCACCUCAACAAAGUAUAAUUUUGUUAGAAGAUAUAGAUGCAGCGUUUGUUUCGAGAGAAGACACUCCACAACAGAAAUCCGCAUACGAGGGAUUAAACAGAGUUACCUUUAGCGGUUUAUUGAACUGUUUGGAUGGCGUGGCUAGCACAGAAGCUAGGAUGGUGUUUAUGACCACAAAUUAUUUAGAAAGGUUAGACGCUGCACUGAUUCGUCCAGGCAGAGUGGACCUUAAAGAAUAUAUAGGGUGGUGUUCUAAAAGCCAAAUUGAGAAGAUGUUUUUGAGGUUUUAUGAUGGGGAGGAUGCAAAAUCUCAAGCAAAAGUGUUUGCUGAAAAAGUUGCAUUAUUUAACAAAAAUGUGAGUCCGGCUCAAAUCCAGGGAUUCUUCAUGUUCCACAAAAAUUCGCACCCACAAGAAGUUAUUGAUGAUUGUAAACUUAUUUGGGAACUAUAGAAUUAAUAAGUGCAAAAUGUUAUUUUUUUUACUGUACAUAUAAUUAACUUGCAGAGAUUUAUUAAAACUUAAA